AUGCGACUUCAUAGAAAGGCUAAUGAUGAGCGUGGGGAUAGCAAACUAUCCGACAUAGCAUUUGUGAAAGGGACAGACAAUUUCAAACUAGAUGCAAUUCGUCAGCAUGAAACAAGUAAGUGGCACACGUACUUUGUUCCAAAAAACUGUGACCAAGAAACACCUGCUGAAAAAUGCGUUAAAACGUUGAGGCAAUCUGAAUACGACAAACUUCAAGUUAAAUUUAGAACUGCACAUGCAAUAGCUAAACAUCAGAAAAGUUUUCUAGAUUACUCCUUUAUAUGCGCUUUAGAUAAAGCAAAGGGGCUAGAAAUAGGUGAUACCUACACAAAUGACAAAGCUAUCAGGGAAUUUGUGCGAGUUAUAGCAGAAGUGGAGAGACAGAAAGUGAAACAGAAACUUGUAAUGUCAGAUUUCUUCAGCUUUACUUGUGAUGGCUCUACGGAUUUUACAGGAGAGGAAUUGGACAAUUUUUAUAUUCGUGUUGUGAUCGAUCUCAAAGUUGAGGAUUGCUUUCUGCACAUUGGAAGCCCAGAAUCUGCUUGUUCUCAAGAUAUUUUUGAUCACUUCUGUAUGUUGUUCAGAAAUUUAGAAUUGCUACCUAUUCUGAAAACCAAACUAGUCGGAUUUUGUGCUGAUGGAGCUUCCAACAUGCAAGGCAGAAAAAAUGGUUUGGCAGCAAAGUUAUUAGAAUUGUCACCAGAAAUGAUAGUUACACACUGUGUUGCUCAUCGUUUAGAAUUAAGUUUUGAAGAUACUAUCAAAGCCUCUUACCAAAAGCUCUAUGAUAAGGCAAUGACUUUGCUACUAGGAAUAAUUUAUUUCUACCGAAAGAGUCCUAAGCAGAUAAAAGCGUUGAAAAGGUCUUUUGAGUCUCUUGGCAUGAAACAGGUUUUGCCAAUGAGGAUAGGAGGUACAAGAUGGCUACCUCACAUGGAAAGGGCCCUCUACUCCUUUUUUCGCAGCUAUCGAGCAAUUCGGCUACAACUAGAGAAUGCAUCUCAUGAUUGUCCAAAAGCAGAAGGCUUUGCUAAACUGAUAUGUGAUGGAAAUCUUCUUACAUUCCUUCUUGUCCUUAAGGUAGUCAGUUUCAGAGAUCAUAUCAGUUCGAAUGAAGUUGUCACUGUACCUACAAAAGAGAGAGUUGGUCCUUAUCAGAUGCCUAGUUACGGGUUGAUGCAACAAAAAACAUGUUUGCAGACAGCUUCACUAGAUUUACAGUCUGCAGAGGAGGUAGUACAAAAUAAAGAGUUUCAGAAUCAAUCUGUCACUUUUAACGGAAUAGUUACUCAACCAAAAGUUGUUGCUGAGAGAUUAUGUGAAAAAUUAGUGAAAUCAUUUGAGUUUGGACAAAAUGAGGUAGCUGUAUUGGUGAAUCAGUUUAAAGGACUUUUGGUUGAGUCAGGGAGGGAUCCAAAAGAGAUACCUGCAGAAUGGGUCUGCCUGAAAACAACAGUGUACAAGAGGUUUUCCUCAAGGCUAACAAGCAGAACCUUGAAGUGGGAAGACCUGCAUAGUAGUGGGGAGGAUCUGCCCAACAUCUUUGGUCUGAUUUCUUUAGUGAGGGCCCUACCUCCAACGUCAGUUAGGAAUGAGGCUACCUUUUCAACCAUGAAACUUACCAAAGGGAAGAGGCGAGCACGCCUCAAUAACGAAACGCUUGAUGAUCUACUGAUGAUCAACCUGGAGUCUUCUUCAGUAGAUCAGUAUAAUCCUCAGGAAGCCAUCACUAAAUGGAUGAAUACCAAAGGCAAAAGGAGACUGCAUUACAAGAGGGCACCGAUUCAAGUGGGCACUUCCGAUACCCAGAUGAUGGAGACUUCAGAUUUCCUCAACAGGGCUCAACCUGACACAGAUACCCAGAUGGACACCACAGAUUCCCUCCAAGAGCCUGAUUCUCAAACUUCAGAUUUAUCUGACUUGGUAUCAGAACUUGUGGCAGACCCGGAAGAUAAUGCAGAUGAAGAUCUAGAUUAUGACUCGGAUAGUGAUGUUGAACAAACAGAAAGAGAAAAUGAUGUGUUACUGAACAUGAUCAUAGAAUAUGAAUAUGAAUUAGAAUAA